GUACAAAGAAUAUAUCUUAAAAAAGAUGUAAUACAUCAUCAUCAUCAAAAAAUUUCACGAUACAUUCUCCAAGGAAAUAAAAGAAAGGUAGCAAAAGUGCAGCGGACAAACCGAACGCACAAUACCUUGAUCCUUCCCACAGGAUCCCGAGUCAGUAUCGUUAGUCCCGCCGUUGCAUCACACAUCGUCCAUAGAUCGAACCGACUGGCACAUCCAUCCCUACUCCAUCCGUGGCACAUCUCCCUCCGGGGUCCACAAAUGCACCCUUACGCCCGCGACUUCUUUCUCGAACUGUGCGAGAACCUACGCGGAUGACGUCACUCGGCGCACGAUUGGCCGAGCCGAUGUUCACGUGACCGCCCGCCUGGCCAGUGUCUGGAGGGUUGCUGAGGGACAGAAGGAGACGCGCGCGACAAGGCGAGUAGGGAGAAGUGCGAGAGUGCGACAAAGAGAAGGAGAGAGACAGACGUAGAUAGGGGUAAAUAGAGCAAUAGAGUAAGAAGAAAGAACAAGGGAGAAAAAUAAAAAGAAAAAGACAUAAAAAAAUCUCAAGAGAUGAAGAAGAAAAAGCAUAUGACGCAAGGAAUGAGAUAGAUAGAAAGAGCAUAAGAGCGUAGGAGGGAAAGAGACGGGAGAUGAAUGCUGGGGGAUUCAUCGACGGAGCGACAGGGAAAGAGAAGCAGGGGCGCGCACGCAGGGGUGGCCGAGUGACGCGAGAGAGAGGGCGCUGGAGGGUGAAAGAGAACCGGCUGGUAGAGGGGAUCGCGGUGCGCGUGAACGGGAGUGGAAGGGGGUGAUCGUGAGUCUCGCCAGUCACACUGCGACGACCGCGACGCCCCAACGUCUCGGGGUGGCAUUUGUCCGCUCGUGACCUCGAAAGGCCUCGUCGUAAUAAUCAUUUCUGACACGGCCGACGUUUCCCGCGAACUUUUGAGCUUGAUAACUUCCGAUAAGAUGAGGUAGACAGAGAAAGAAAUAGCUAGAAGAGAGAGAGAUAGAGAGAGAGAGACGAUUGUCGCGACCGAAGUGACAUCAUCCGAUGAAGAAGAAGUAAAGUACGUCGGUGAUUGCAUUUCUCGCGUCACAUACAGUAAUGCGUCGUUCGAUCUAAAACUCGAAAUCCCGGUUAUUUUUCGGAAAAUUGUCCCCUCCGAACCGCGCUCGUUCACGAGAGAAUGAGCUAAUCGCGCGCGCGGAGGUGGCUCAGGUGCGAGAUCUCUUUCGCUCUCCCGGGUUAUAGAGAGAUAUAACGAGUACGCGCACGGUGGGUGCCGUCGAAGACACUUUUAUAGUUGUGUAGAACGCGGCCACGAUGGUGCUCCACGGAGUGAAUCAAAACGGCCUCCUCUCCUUCGAAAAUCCCAAUUAUCAUCUGGACCCAGCUCGACUGGACGAUGCUCUGAACAGCAACGGAAAUGGCAGCUCUCUGUAUGAUGAAUUGUAUCAGGAAUUGGUCGGCAGCGGCGGCAGAGGUGGCGAGGUGACCGGCGGCGGGGGAGGGGGCGGAACGAGGGUGCAAGCACGCCGAACCUACGCCACGUUGGAUUUGGGCAGCAUGGGGGUGGACGUCACCCAGGGCCCUCUCACGCAGGAUUCCGUGACGGACGACGCUUCCGACAACACGGACAACCAUAACCUAGGGUACGGCUGCGAGGGUGUGACGGAGUCCGCUCUCGUCGACGACACCCUCAACGGGAAUCCCCGCUCGUCGUCCCCGUCGUCGUCGAGCGCGAUCCUGCCUCAAUCUCACACCCUACAGUCGGGAUCGAUCGACGCUACGGACACUUCCGGGUCGAGAAAUUAUUGCGAGAAACCUGACAACGAGACCACAGAAAUGGGUGGUGUGCCACAUGUGGAAGGUGGUCUGAACAGCGAGCUGUAUGCGGUGCCGGUGAAACGGCGACAGCCAAAAGAUCAGAAGAACAAUGCGAUUCUGCAGAACAAUACCCAGGAGAAACCGACGGACGUGGAUAGCACUGAUUCUGAGGAUAAAGAUGAGAAUCUGCCACCCGGCUGGCAAAAGCACGAGGAUGAGAAUGGGCCUUAUUAUUGGCAUGUGAAAAGCGGCAACAUACAGAGAGAACCACCAGAGGCUCCGUUGCAUUCAAAAACGGAAGCGCGUCGGAGUCUGGUCAAGGAUAAUGAUAGCAUAAAUAAUUUUCACUCUUUGAGCGGCAUGGUGAACACAGUGACUCGCAGCAACACAAGCUCGGCUUUGGACCAGGAAUUGGAAAACAAGAGAAAGGUGGAAUUGGCGCUCAAACGAAGAAGCUAUCCCGCUAGAGCGGAUUCUGAGGGCAGAGACAAACCGAUCAGAUUCGCCGUGCGAUCCUUGGGUUGGACGGAAAUUGCGGAAGAGGAUCUGACACCCGAAAGAAGCAGCAAGGCCGUGAAUAAGUGUAUCGUGGAUCUCUCACUUGGUAGAAACGAUCUGUUGGAUGUCGUUGGACGAUGGGGCGACGGUAAGGAUCUAUUUAUGGACUUGGACGAAGGGGCGCUCAAGCUGAUCGAUCCAGAGAAUCUCACCGUACUAAAUACGCAGCCUAUUCAUACGGUUAGGGUAUGGGGUGUAGGAAGAGAUCAUUGUCGCGAAAGGGAUUUUGCUUAUGUGGCAAGAGACCGAUCUACCAGGAAACACAUGUGCCACGUGUUCCGUUGCGACAUACCAGCGCGCACGAUCGCGAACACGCUUCGCGACAUUUGUAAGAAGAUAAUGAUCGAGCGUUCGCAGCAUCAGAACCUAGCGAAACCGGUAGACAUCAAUGGUCGGACCAGUCUGGCUACAAGACCCACCAAUCUGCCUACUGAACAUCGGCGUUUUCACAGAAACGGUCAAGCACUAGUCACACAAUCUUUUCCAACGCCGAUGGAAGAGCCAAAAAAGGUGCUACGAGCACAGUAUCUCGGAUCCAUGCAAGUCAAUCAAGCGACUGGCAUGGAGGUGUUGAACGAAGCGAUAGAACAUAUCGUGACGAACACGCCGAUCAAUCAAUGGCGAAACGUCAACGUUGCUGUAGCUCCUAGCAUGAUUUCUAUUCUUACGCCGAACGACGAUAAGCUCAUUACCGAGUGUCGAGUACGCUACCUGUCAUUCCUUGGUAUCGGUCGCAACGUGAAGCAAUGCGCUUUCAUCAUGCAUACCGCGCAGGAUUUGUUUAUCGCACACGUUUUCAACUGCGAGCCUAGCAGUGGAGCUCUCUGCAAGACGAUUGAGGCCGCGUGCAAACUGAGGUAUCAGAAAUGCUUAGACGCACAUCCACAGGGCUUCAGAAACGCUAGCAGUCUUAAUACUCCGAGUGGCAGAGGGUUAGGCGCUACUUUGAAGUCCCUAGUUGGUUCCUUGACUGGUCGUAGAAACAAGCAGGGUGAAUCCUGAGACGAGGCUCUCUCGCUGCAGGAACUCUGGCCAUUGCCUGCUGAGCGAGAGGUGAUACGACACAGGCAUCUCCAGUCGCCGUUGACCCUCAAAUAUUUCGGUGGCUCACCGCCGAGCGCGUCCCUCAAGUCGCUGCUCUCGCCCUCUCUGGACACCAGGCGUAUUCAACUUGCCCGCUGGGAGAGCAAUCCUUAAAGAAACGCGAAAAAAAGCCUGAUGUGCCAGGAGAUGGCUGUAAGGCAAACGGAUAUUCUCUUUACGACGUAAACGACUGAAUUUCGCGAAAAAUUCUGCAGAGUGUUAUACCAGUACCACAGCUAUAGUGGACUACGCUUACCUAUGUCGAUAUGAUGUUAUGUAUGUUAUGCAAUGUCUGAUGAAGGAGGAAAGAAUUCGCAGAUUUGUCGAGAGACAGGAGCGAUAUCGGGGCUACAUCGCGCAUCAAGCGAUGAAAAUUUUUAAGAGACAGCAUGUACUAGCUUGUGAAGUAUUUGCGGAAAAUCGAUAGAAAGAAAGAUUAAGAGAAAAAAAUGGAAUCGAAGAGUAAAUUGUACAUACAAGGUGAUGAUUAUGCGCUAAAUUUAAUCAACUCGUUUGCUCGAAUUGGCAGGGGAAAGAGGAGGCAUAACACGCCCAUAAGAUUUCGCAAGCGAAUCGAGUUGCGUGUAUCGGGGAAUGAGUGAGCUGCAGUUAACGUAGUAGUAAGCAUAAUAUCCGCGAAGGCAUUCGAGGAGAUUCGAAGAGAGCUAUAGAGAGCUUGCGUAUAUAUAUAUAUAUAAAUACAUAUAAAUAUUAUAUAUAUAUAACUCACGUGUGCGUGUAUUCUCGGGUGUACAGAUUAGGCAAGCGAGACGAGGGCGAUGACCGGGUCGCAUGGGACACACGCGUACAUGCGUGCGAAGAACGCACUUCCGCACACACACCAGCACGCGCACCGCGACUGUAUCGGGUAUCCCGCGGACGUACCGCGCAUAUUUUCGGCGACGAGAUGCGCGAUAGAUCCCGGGAAACCCCGGUAGACAUACACACGCGCACGUUAACACGACGGCCGAUAGGGAGUUUAUUUUUUAUGGCGAAUUAGUAGGAGCUUUAAAAAAAAA